AUGGCGGCCCCUCAACUUAUUUUCGUUGACGGCAGCUUUGUCGAGCUGGCGCAAGAGAUGGCGGACUACGUCCAGGUCGGCGAGCAGGUGAAGCCGCUGCUCGAGAAGGAGCAGCGCGAAGAGGCACUUCAAAUCAUUGUCAAGGCUUCGAUAUUCCUCAAUUCGGUUCCCGAAAAAGAGUUCACGUCGGCCUACAACCUCCUCAUCCACCUCGUUCUCCAGUCCAAGGAUCCCAAGAAGUAUCUGCCUGUCGUUUGCGGAAACCUCCUCAAGCCAAUCACGUCGUCUCCAACCCACGGCUUCACUCUUGCCUCGAAUGCGCUGAGCACUGUUUUCAAUCUCCUCGACAAGAGCAACCCGCUGCGCUACAACGUCCUGAUGCAGAUCAUUCGCUUCAUUCGUCAACAUGGCCAGUUCGAGCUCCUCAAGCCGCGGUUAAAGAACUUGGAUUUGUGGUUCGAAGAGUGGGAGACGGACGAAGAGGACCAGCGCAAGCUUUAUGUUGAUGUAUCCGACGCUGCAGGAGAGGCAGGCGACGAGGAGGAAUCAUAUCGCUUCCUUCUCAAGGCACUAGGCACAAUCGAUCGCGACGAUCAGGACGAAGUCACGUCGGAGGAGGCUCAGAAACUCUCCCUCAAAGCGGCCCGGAUGGCCAUCCCAUCGCCUGCCCGGUUCGACUUCCAAGAUCUCCGCGCUCUCCCAUCCGUCCAGGCACUCAAUGACUCGCAUCCGAUCUACGCGCAACUGCUCGACAUUUUCACUGAGCAAGACCUCGAGGAUUAUAACGACUUCAGAGAGGAACACGAGGGCUGGAUCGAGAAGGAAAAGCUUGACCACGAGAAGCUGCAACGCAAGAUGCGGCUACUCACAUUUGCGAGCCUCGCGGCCAGCACACCGAAUCGCGAGAUCCCGUACCAGAACAUUGCCCACGCCCUGCAAAUCCCGUCCGAGGAGGUGGAGAUGUGGACCAUCGACGUGAUCAGAGCUAAGCUGGUCGAGGGCAGAUUGUCCCAAAAACAAAAGGUGUUCUUGGUACACCGCACCACCUACCGCGUCUUUGGCGAGAAGCAAUGGCGCGAGCUAGGAACCAGAGUCGACCAGUUCAAGAAUGUGCUCGACCGGCUCAUCACUGUCGUGCGUAAGUCGCAGGCAGAUGUUGAUGCCCAAAAGGAGCGGGAACAGCAGGAAAUCGACAGGAAGCUCGCGAGUGCUGGUAUCAGCAUCGGUACGGGUGGUGAGGGUAGACGUCGUCUGCAGCUAACGCAGAAGCAGCGUAAUGACGAUGACGACUGA